GUGAAAAGCACUCGGAUAUCAAUUGAACGUCAACCAUCCUUUCGUGGGGGAGGGCCCUUUUGUUCGCGACCACAUUUCUCGCUGUGCCCCGGCCAAUUCGGACAUCUCCACUCUCUCCUGAUCGCCUGCCCUGAAUACGAUCAGCCAUGCUAUCAUCUGCGAGGACAGGGGUCUCGCUGGCGCUCCGAGCCAAGCCGACGUCGCAUCUCGUAACCUACCGUGCCGUCGCCGCCAUAUCGUCCUCGUCACGCAAUGACGCCUCGAGCGCCGUGCAAUCACAUGGAGGAUACGGCAUCGCCAAGCGCGAGCGCAAGGAGGUUCCCCUUCCCAGCCAGGAAGGCACCAAGGGAGUGGUUCAAUAUGCGCUCACGACCCUGGAUCAGAUCACCAACUGGGCGCGGCAGUCGUCGCUGUGGCCCAUGACGUUCGGGCUGGCGUGCUGCGCCGUCGAGAUGAUGCACCUGUCGACGCCGCGGUACGAUCAAGAUCGCCUCGGGAUCAUCUUCCGCGCGUCGCCGCGCCAGUCGGACGUCAUGAUUGUGGCGGGUACUCUGACUAACAAGAUGGCGCCGGCGCUGCGACAGGUGUACGACCAGAUGCCCGAGCCGCGGUGGGUCAUCAGCAUGGGGUCCUGCGCCAAUGGCGGCGGCUACUACCACUACAGCUACAGCGUGGUGCGCGGUUGCGACCGCAUCGUGCCCGUCGACGUCUACGUCCCCGGCUGCCCCCCCACCAGCGAGGCCCUCAUGUACGGUAUCUUCCAGCUGCAGCGCAAGAUGCGGAAUACAAAGAUCACGAGAAUGUGGUAUCGCAAAUGAUCGAAUUCGAAGAGAAUGGGGUGGGAUAAACGUGGACCUGAGAGGCGUAAGAGAUAUGUUUGCAUAUAUCUUGCAUCGAGCCGUUACUAGUCCAUUCGGUAUUGUCUGUGGGCUCUUGCUAGGUGGUGGUGUUAGAGACAGUGAGAUGGGGCGUGGAUACAGACUGAGAUACAACGCUAGCAAAGAAGAAAGGAACCGCUUCGUUGUAUUCUGACGACUCAUGUACAUAUUUCCUAGAAUACAUCUGCGCAGUCGCAGGAAUUCAACUAGCGGGUUGUACAGUUUUCUUGGCCUAGUUCUGAUGGGCAUUCUGGCUCUUUUGCUUGUACGAAAGGUUGCUUAUUCAAAGAAUAUUUGGGAGACUCGGGUAUAUGUCUAGUUCAUUGACUGAAUGCAAUU